CUUUAGGUCAGUAUUCUAGAAUAAAUCAGCAGUUUGGAUCCCUGGCGCGGCGUCUCCAUCGCCUCCCUGCCCUGCAGCGCGUGAGGGGGUGUAACACUAUCCUGCACUCUGCGCUUACCUCAGCCUUUCAUUCACUGAGGAAGUUAGAUCGUCAGAGUUGGAGCGGCGCAGCACAAAACGCAAAGAUGAACAACACUGAAAUAAAUAUGAGUGGCAUCAGCGGAAACACUGCUACUCUUCACCUGGAUGGCAUCCCUCCAGACAGGCUCAAAGAGGUAGUGAAACACUUGGAGCCUUUCCGUCUUUCCCUGGAGAAGCUGAAGGUAGUUUCUACUCGACUCCGGAAAGACAUGAUCCGAGGUCUGGGGAAACACACGCAUCACAGAGCGGCCGUCAAGAUGCUGCCCACCUUCGUAAGAGCAACACCGGACGGGACUGAGAAAGGAGACUUCCUGGCACUAGAUUUGGGUGGAACAAACUUUCGGGUGCUUCACGUCAGAGUGAUGGAGGAGGAGCAGAAAAUGGUGAAGAUGGACAGUCAGCUCUGUGCCAUCCCUCAAGAAAUCAUGUUGGGAACCGGAGAACAGCUGUUUGAUCACAUCGCAGCCUGUCUUAGUGAGUUCCUUGACUCUCAGAACCUGAAAGGACAGACUCUUCCAAUGGGUUUCACCUUCUCUUUUCCCUGUGAACAGAAAGAAAUCGACAAGAGUAUCCUGAUCCGCUGGACUAAAGGCUUCAACUGCUCUGGGGUGGAAGGAGAGGAUGUGGUGAAGCUACUGAAAGAGGCCAUCCACAGGAGAGGGGACUAUGACAUCAGUUCAGUUGCCAUGGUGAACGACACAGUGGGUACAAUGAUGAGUUGCGGAUACCGGGAUCAGACCUGCGAGAUUGGGAUGAUCAUUGGAACGGGAACCAACGCCUGCUACAUGGAGGAGAUGAAGAACGUGAAGCGUGUGGAGGGAGAGGACGGACAGAUGUGCAUCAACACAGAGUGGGGCGGCUUCGGAGACGACGGCUCCCUUGAAGACAUCCUGACGGAGUUUGACAAGGUGGUGGACAGGACUUCAAUCAACCCCGGAGUCCACACCUUUGAGAAGAUGAUCAGUGGAAUGUAUUUGGGGGAAAUCGUUCGGCUGGUGCUGAUGAAGCUGACUGAGAAGAAGCUGCUGUUUAAAGGGGAAGUGUCUGAGGCCCUGCGUACUAAAGAGACAUUUGAGACAAAGUUCAUAUCUAUGAUUGAGGAGCCAGACAGUGGUCUGGAAAAUGCCAAAAAGAUUCUGACUGAAUUGGGUCUGACAUGGGAUUUGGUUGACGCCCGUGUGGUGCGACUUGUCUGUGAGACCAUCUCCUCACGUUCUGCUCGUCUCUGUGCUGCUGCCUUGGCAACCAUCGUCGACCGUAUUCGUGUCAACCGAGGGCUGCCUCAUCUGAAGACUACAGUGGGAGUGGAUGGGACCGUCUACAAAAAACAUCCCAAUUACAGUGACGAGCUCCAGAAAGCAAUGCACUUCCUUACCCCUGAUUGCAAAAUCAAGUUUCUUGUCUCUGAGGACGGCAGUGGGAAAGGCGCUGCCAUGGUUACCGCUGUGGCUCAGCGGCUAGCUCUCCAGUCACGGCUGUUGGAGGAGAGCGAUGGCGAGGAAGAUGAAGAGGAAAAAGUGAGAAGCUAACUGAGCACAAUUUGGGACAAUUUCAUUGUUUAACACAUAUCUGAGAACUUGUAGAAAACCCUGCUGUACUUUUAUCAACUUGUGUUAUGCAAAAAGUGAUACUUCAGUAAGAAAUUGGCAGGUUGAUUUAUUAUUUUUACUAAUAAAAAUAAAUACUAUAAACUAUACUAAUAAAUGUUGAUCCAAUAAUGUGUUUGGAAGAUGGAAAUCUGCAUUUGAAAUUGUUGGGCAUCUUUUGCCCACCAGGGGGCAUUGCAAUUUCUACUCUAACCGUUAAAACCUGAUGAGUUUAAGUCUUUGUUUCUGUUUUACUCUGGUUUCCUCCACUUCAAGGCUUUGGAGAUCCUCCCAAAAAACCCUUCAUAGAGAAUCCACCAAGAGCUGUAUAAAGACUAAGAAAUGAAAAGUUCUCAGACCGAUUAGUCUGUUUAGUCCAAAUUAAAGUUAUGAAUACAUGUAUACUGACUUUACAGAAUGAUUUUACUUUGGAUCACUUGGCAAAAUUUCAAUUGAGGUGAGCCUUGGUAAUCCAGUCCCAGAUAUUCCCCACGGUGUUAAGUAAGAUGUUAAGUUAGGGUGUGACACCGCUGUAGGCUCUGGAACGAGAACAGCAUGUCAGUAAACCUAGCAUUAGGAGAACUAUGUUAUAAUGGCUGGAGCAUCUUCCUAAGAUAGGUGUGAAAUUGACACACUGUCCCAGAUAUACCUUGUAAUCGAAAUUGAUUGAGUUUUCUUAAGUUGUGCAACAGGAUUUAUUGUCAGCCUGCAAAUGACUGAUCGUAUUACACAAAGCAUAACUAAAACCAAACGGAUUCCUAAAUAACCAAAACCAAAACUGUCAGAAAAUUGGGAAACUGUGAUGACUCAUUAACCUUUUUCCAACUUCAACGCAACAUAAAUCCAUAUAUAUAUAACAGAGUAAAGUAUGAAAAAUAGCCAUACCCAUAGUGUGCACAGUCUUUUUUUCUCUGAAGAGUUUUUGCGGUGCUAGUGGCUCCUAUUUUUUCGACAGUAGGCAGACAGGGAGGAAAAGAUCGUCGGGACCGGGAGUCGAACCCGCGACGUCCACGUCGAGGACUAAGGCCUCCAAACGUGGGGCGUGCUAACCCCCUGCGCCACCACAACAUGCCCCGUGUGCACAUUCUUUUGUGCACCUUGUUGAACCGUCUUUCAUUUGAAUUUCAGCAAUAAAUCAUCUUUGGUCAGGUCUAUCCACAUCUUGAUUAUAUUUGCAAUGCUUGACCUUACAAAUGUCUAUCAGAUUGGGAGGACACCACUUGUCCACAGUCAUGUUGAGUCACAUCUGCAGGUUUCCUGUCUGAUUUUCAUUAUUUUGUUAACUUUAAUGAACCCUUAGACUCACUGUGAUGAUAAAAAAAUAGAACCCUCUUACACCUCCAGGUUUCAAGCAAACUGCCGAUAGUUUACGGAUAAAACUACCAGAUAUUUGUAACUUUUCAUAUAUUCUUUUGAAAAAUCUUCUGUUCAAUCUGAAGAUGAUAUGCUGAAAAUUAUUACAAUUUUUCAAGGGUGUGCACAGUUUUGCAACUGGGGUGUUCCAUAUUUUAAGUUUUUCCCACUAACUAAUUUCUAAGCAGGGUAAGAUGGGGUUUCUAUGUGGUGAAAAAAGGUUUUGCAUUGCAUUAUUGCCCUUGCUAUAUUCUUUUGGUCAGGAAUGUUUGAUAUUUAGCUCCAUUCAUCUUCCAUCAGUUGCAAUCCAGUUCCCUGUCCAAACAUCCCCACUGCAUGAUGGUGCCACCACUAUGUUUCACAGUGCGGAAUGACUGAUCAUCUUUAAGUGUAGCGCUAGAGGUUUCAAAAAGUUACAUUUUGUUCCCAUCUGGCUAAACGACUUACGUCCACAUGCUAACAGUGUUCGCAAGCGAAAAUAAAAUUGUAAUCCUAAUUC